CGAGAGGAACCAAACGGAUGAGAUUUCCAGCGCCCCUUUUCUUCUUCUUCUUCUUCUUCUUCUUCUUCUUCCUUCUCAGUUAAUUUCUCCCUCUUUUUCUGCUCCUGCUCCUUCGUUUCUGAUCACGCCGCCGCCUCCGAAUCCGACGACUGUGAAAUGGCUGAGGCCGUGGUGGCGACUUCUGAGGAUGUGGAUUUUGGUUAUGCGACGGCCGAGAUCGAGAACAAUAGAGAAAGCAGUUCAAAUGGACUUGGGAUUGGGAUCAAGUGGGAGUGCCUUUUGCCCAAGGUUAUGCUCAGGGUCUUGCUCGUUGAAGCGGACGAUUCCACCAGACAGAUUAUCACUGCUCUUCUCCGCAAGUCCUGCUACCGAGUUGCUGCUGUUCCUGAUGGCAUGAAAGCGUGGGAGAUUCUUAAAGCAAGGCCCCGUAAUGUAGAUCUUAUAUUGGCGGAAGUUGAAUUACCAUCAAUGUCUGGAUUUUCUCUGCUAACUCUGAUCAUGGGGCACGAGACUUGCAAAAAUAUUCCUGUUAUAAUGAUGUCAUCUGAAGAUUCUAUCAGCACCGUUUAUAAAUGCAUGAUGAAAGGUGCAGCAGACUAUCUUGUUAAGCCCUUAAGGAGAAAUGAACUGAGUCAUCUGUGGCAACAUGUUUGGAGAAGACAAGCAUCAUCCAAUGUAAGAACUGACAUUCAAGAAAAGGUUGAAGUCACUUCAGAAAAUGAGACUGCAAGCAACCACUCCACUGAUUAUGUUGCUGGAGUUGAGAGGAAUGAUAACAACACUGAGAAAGGGAGUGAUACUCAGAGCUCUUCUACAAAGGUAGAUUUUGAGGCUGGUAGUAAGAUGCAGGAAAGUUCACAGCCGAGGCAGGAAAAAGCCUCUUCAAAUGACUUCAAGCUACAGAAAGAUGGGGGUCACAUCAAUUUGAGUCAGAGAUUGGCUAUACAUGAAAAUGAAUCUGGAGGAUUGGCAAUGAGUUGCUAUGCCAAUGAUGAUUUACCAAUUACACUUAGCAUGGGUCUUGAGCCGACCAAUGAUGGGAGAAGUCCUUAUAUUGCUAGUGAAGCAGAGGAUUUGCUUGCCAACCCAUCUAGAGAUGCAACUGCGUUGAAUCAUGCCUGUAUCAAUUAUCCCGAUGACUACCAAAGAAGAUCUCCUUCCACUGUUGCUGCCACAAACAAUUUCGGCUCUGCUCUUCAUUUGGAUCUUUCCCUAAGAAGAUGUCAACCGAAUGAUUUUGAGGACCGUGCUGCAGAAGGACGAGCUACCCUCAAACAUUCCAGUGCUUCAGCUUUUACAAGAUACACUUCCAGGCCAUUGCAAACACUUCCAGCAAAAUCAAGCAGUAUCUGUGAUGAACAAAAAGAAUUUGGAAGCAAUCCCGAGCAUAUUGGAAGUAUUGCUGCUACUCCUACCUCUGAUACCAUUAAUACUACGCUAAGUCUGCAAAACAGUAAUACUUCUAUGCCCCUGAUGACAAGUCUAUCUGCUCUCUCUGAAGUUGCAAAAUCAAGUACUUCAGAGACAGAAACCCCUCAUCAAGUUACAGUGAAAGAUUUGAUGUCUAGUAGUCAAUGCUCGGGCCAUGGCUCUUUACUUUCUCCCAACUUGUGCACACAAGGGGGUGCGUCAUCGUCUCCAUGCUCAACUUUAGUCACUCAUCCCGAACCCAUCUUGGCAAAACAGACAGUUUAUCCCCUAAACCUUGAGAAUCAUAAUUUGGAGCAGUUUCUGAACCAGCAUCCCAACACAAGUGAUCCAGGAAGCCGAAAGUUAGAGAACUCAGGGAAGAAGUUGGAGUAUGCAGAAAAUCAAGGCCAUAUAUCACCUACCACUGAUCACAGUGCAAACAGUAGUCUAUGUGGUGGUAACACAAGUCAUGUUCGAAGCGUGGGAUAUCCUAGCACAUGCGGAAGCAACAACAAUGUCGACCGGGUUGGCAUUGCUGCAAGGGUUACAUCUGAGAGCAAAAAUGAAGAAGCUUUGUCUUAUCAAGGAGGAGAUCCUCACCGGAGCAGUCAAAGAGAAGCAGCUCUAACAAAGUUCCGACUGAAGCGAAAAGAUCGAUGUUAUGAUAAAAAGGUGCGUUAUGAGAGCAGGAAAAAGCUGGCAGAACAGCGUCCUAGAGUGAAGGGUCAGUUUGUCCGUAGAGUAUACACUGAUGAUCCAUUGCCUGCAGAAAGCAACGUCAAUACAUCCAACGGUGAAAUUUAAAGCUAUAUUGGACCCACUAACUCGAAUAUGGCCUCUAAGAAAAACCGAGCUGAGGAGCUACGAACAAAGCACAUGAGACAAACAAUCUAUUGAACUCGAUCUUAUCUGAGUCGAGGUAUACGUUGCCCAUUUCCUUAACUUCUACUUGUCACAACUCAAACCCACCGUUAACAGAUAUUAUCCU